AUGGGCCUCGCCGCCUCCCUCCCGGAGGAGAGCGCCUACGCACCCUUCCAGGCGCUGGGGCUGGGUUAUACGGAGGAGCUCGUGCGGUCCUACAAGGAGCGCGAUUUGGACUUCGGCAUCGACCUGCCGACGAUAGAAGGCUUGACGGGCUUGGAUCGGGACCAGUGUGUCCAGCUCGUGGAGUCGCUGGCCAAAAAUGAUCCUCGCGAGCGGAAGCUCGUGAACGCCCUUGCCUUACUAAGUGGUGCCUGCAUCGCGGGCGAGGAAAAUGGAGAAGCAGCGGCUGCCAGAAUAUUUGACAUCUUUGACUUUGACGCGCGGGGCCAGAUUUCCAGGGACGAGCUCACGAUUCUACUGCUCUGUUCGUUGCGCGCGGCGAACGCGAUCCGAGGCCUCCAGGAUGAGCCCGACGACGACGCCACGGAAAUUAUUAGUGAUGCGGCCUUCGACCAGGCCAUCCCGCCGCAGGGCAAUCCUGAUGUUAUUUCGAAGAAGGAGUUCCUCGCUUGGGCGAGUCGCGCUUUGAGAGGUAUUGAAAGUGCAGAACAGUUCGUCGCGGCCUUCUCCUGCGGCAUCACGCCCGGCAUUGAUAACGAGGAGACCGACUUAGCUGCGGCGAAAUUGCAGGCGCGGAUUAGGGGCCGGAACGAGCGUUUGAACCCGACGGCGCCGCCGACAAAAGCGGUCGCGGAGCCGGCGCCCGAGGAGCCGUCGCCGGAAGAGCCGUCUCCAGAAGAACCGUCGCCGGCGCCCGAGGAGCCGUCUCCAGAAGAGCCGACCGACGCGCUCCCGGAGGCCGGCGAGGAGACCGACGCCGCCGCUGCCAAACUGCAGGCGCGCAUCCGCGGGAGGAACGAGCGGCUCCACCCCACGACGCCGCCCGCCAAGACGAACGCGGCCCUCGUCGAGACGCCCGAAGCCGACCCGCCCGUGGAGAGGCCUUCGUCGGCGGCCGCCGUCGCGGAGGCCGUGCCGCCGGCGCCGGCCGACGCGCCCGCUCCGGUCGCGGCCGACGCGCCUGCGGCCGCGCCCGCUCCCGCGGCCGCCGAGCCGCCUGCGCCGGCGCCCGAGGAGCCGGCCCCGGCGCCGGAGGAGGCGUCCCCCGAGGAGCCUGUCGAACCGGCGCCUGAGGAGCCGUCGGAGCCCGAGGCGGCGGCCGACGACGCGGCGCCGGAGCAGCCGGAGCCAUAA